AUGGGUAAAACUUCACUCGCAAUACCACAGGCCCUCACAAUUGCUCCUCAGGAUAUGUCCCAAACACCUUCAUCUUUGAAAUCGAAGACAUCAGCUGUAUCACUGAUCUCAAAUGGGUCUACUCUCGCUGCUUCAUCGACCAAAGAUGACAACCAUCUCGAGGGAGUUAAGCCUGUAUCAUCCAAUGAAACGCUUAUUCCUAUGCCACCUCCAGCAGCUUUCGGUACUACUGGACCGACUCAUGAUGUCUUAGGUAGAUUGGUAUUCGUACCCUCACUUCCCCCUCCUCCCCCUGUAAAUUGGUCUAAAUAUUUCCCGGGGGGUUACAAUCCAAACUACCAAAUACCGUUGAAAGGUAAAGGGUUGAUGUAUUCUAUUCAAGCAAUUGGUGGAUUAGCCAUAUUGUUUUAUGGAUAUGAUCAAGGUGUGAUGUCGGGAGUAGUGAUCAACAAUCAUUUCACAGAAUUGAUGAAAUUGAAUUCUGAUCCUCAAAAAUCAGGUGAUUCAGCUAUGAUUGGAUUCAUAGUAGCAAUCUAUUAUAUAGGAUCUUUAUUUGGUGGUUUGAUCGGUGGUUAUUUAGGUGAUAAGAUAGGUAGAAUCAAGACUGUUAUUUUCGGUUGUGGAAUUGGUCUGAUUGGAGCUUCAUUACAAUCCUCAACUCAAAAUUUGACCUGGAUGUUAAUUGCUAGAGUCAUAAGUGGUUUCGGUACAGGUCAUUUAAACGCUAUUAUUCCUGUUUGGAGUAGUGAAUUGGCUGAACAUGAUGGAAGAGGUGCGAUAUUAGCUUUUGAAUUCUUCUUGAAUAUCGCUGGAUUGGCAUUCGCCUAUUGGCUUGAGUUUGGGUUGAAAUACGCUUCCAAUCGAUCACAAUCUUUCGUUUGGCGAUUCCCACUCGCAUUCCAGCUCGUCUUUCUACUUAUCCUAAUCAGUUUAUUCUCGUUCUUCCCUGAAUCACCAAGAUGGUUGGCUAAAGUAGGAAGGGAAGAUGAUGCAAGACAAGUUUUGGCUGUUUUGAGAACUGAGAAUGGUGAUCUGGAUAAUGACAAAGUGAACGAAGAAAUGUAUUCUAUUAUGGAAGUCGUCGAUAUCGAGCGAAAAAUGGAAUCAUCCAACAAUUACACAUCUAUGAUUUUCGGUUCGAAUUCAGAGUCAAGCGGGAAUACACUUCAUUUACCAAGAAGGACUUGGUUAGUGAUUGGUCUCCAAAUCUGGCAAGAAUUAACUGGUAUAGGAGUGGUCACAGUCUACGCUCCAACGGUAUUUCAAUCUGCUUCAUAUACAGCUUAUAAAGCAGAUUGGUUAAGUGGUGUAAACAACAUCUUCUACAUGUUCUCGGUAUUGGUCGCCGUCUUCACUCUUGAUCGAGUUGGAAGAAGAGUCACAUUAUAUUGGGGAGCUUUGAUCAUGGCUAUAUGCUUGGCGUUCUGUACAGUCGGAGCAAGGUAUGCUGUUCGGACCGAAGGCAAGGAACAAGCAGCUUGGGGAGCUGUAGUGGCUACUUUCACUUUCAUAUAUACUUCGACAUUCGGAGCCUCUUGGCUUACUGUCCCUUGGCUUUAUCCGACUGAGAUAUUCCCAUUGUUCGUCAGAGCCAAAGGAGGUGCAGUCAGUGUGGUCGGUUGGUCAAUAGGUAAUGGAGUGGUGACUGAGAUUACACCCUUCUUGUUUAAUGCUAUUGGAGAAUGGACGUUCCUCUUGUUUUCACUUCUGAACGUCCUUGCUAUUCCAUGGAUCUAUUUCCUCUACCCAGAGACAAGUGGAAGAAGUUUGGAACAAAUGGAUUGUCUUUUCGCCCAAGAAUCAAUGUUCGUACAUCGUCAACAGAAGACUCUAGAGGCUGUUCAAAAAGCCAAUUCGGAGUUAUAUCAUUCUAUGGAAACUGGUAAAGCACAAGUGACGGAGAAUAUCGAGAUCAAACAGGAGAAAGUGAUAAUCGUGGAAUCUGCUUGA